AUGGAUAGAAGUUGGAUGCACCUGAUAGAUAGAGUUACGUCAAAGGAGUACGCUGAAGGGGUCGAACAGUUCCUUACAAUAGCUCGAGCGCACGCAAUAGAAACUGACCGCAUCCGUUGUCCUUGUCGUUCGUGCUAUAAUAAUAUCUUCCUCCCUAUAUCGGAGGUGGAAACACACUUGUACCUAAAUGGGAUUAAUCCAAAUUACAACCCCUGGAUAUUUCAUGGGGAAGAUGAGAUUCUGGAUGUUAGUGAUGACAAUCAGCCAGCGUCACCUACUAAUGAUGACGAAUAUAUUGAUGACAUGGAGCAGAUGUUAGAUGACAUUCGGGAAGGCACGGUCAUAGGUGAGGUGGACGAGCUUGCCGAACCAAGAGUUCACCCACCUAUAGGUGAGGCAACCCCUUCCUCCUCAUUUGACAAACUAUUAGAUGAUGCACGGCUUCCACUUUACCAGGGGUGUAAACAGUAUUCAAAGCUCUCAUUCAUUGUGAAGUUGCUUCACAUCAAAGCCAUUGGGGGUUGGUCGGUUAAGUCAUUCGAUCUGCUCCUGAAGUUGUUGAGGUCUGCAUUUCCGGACGCUGAUUUCCCGCAUUCUUACGAAGCGGCACGGUCACUAGAGCGGGGUUUAGGCUUCAAAUACCACAAAAUACAUGCUUGUCCUAACGAUUGCGUGUUAUUUUGGAAGGACAAUGCAGACCUGAAUGAGUGUCCAAAAUGCAAGGCCCCUCGGUGGCUACCAAAUACACAUAGAAACCGCUUAAUCCCUCAGAAGGUGUUACGUCAUUUUCCUUUGAAGACGAGGUUGCAACGACUAUAUAUGUCAGCUAAGAUGUCAGCUAAUAUGAGAUGGCAUAAAGAGCAUAGAAACAGUGAUGGUGGCAUUAUGAGGCAUCCAUCCGAUUCACAAGUUUGGACUACUUUCGACAAUGAUCAUAGUUGGUUUGCAAGAGAUGCUCGCAAUAUCAGGCUUGGUUUAGCGAGUGAUGGUUUCAAUCCUUUCAACAACCUUGCAAAACCGUAUAGUAUCUGGCCCGUCAUCCUCAUGCCGUAUAAUUUGCCUCCGUGGUUAUGCAUGAAAGACCAAUUCUUCAUCACAUCUCUCAUUAUUCCUGGUCCAAAAUCACCUGGAAAUGAGAUUGAUGUAUACUUGCAGCCCUUGGUAGAUGAAUUGAAUGAGCUUUGGGAGAAUGGGGUGCAUACAUAUGAUGCGUACAAGAAGGAAACUUUCAGAUUGCAUGCGGCUUUAAUGUGGACAAUAAAUGACUUUCCCGCAUAUGGGAACCUCUCGGGUUGGUCAACUAAAGGGAAAUUGGCGUGUCCUUCAUGCAAUGCUGAUACAGAUGCUAUGUGGUUGACCUAUGGCCGUAAGCAUUGCUACAUGGGACAUCGUCGAUUUUUGCCCUCAAACCACGUAUGGCGGAAGAAAAAAUCUUGUUUCAACGGAAAGGAUGAUCACCGCAUGCCGCCAAUCCGUUUAUCUGGACCGGAUAUUGUCCGUCAACUCAGUCUUCUUGGGGAAGUGGAAUUUGGCAAAGGUCGGAAGAAGAGAAAACGGACUCUUCAAGAGUUGAACUGGACCAAGAGAAGCAUUUUCUACAACUUACCGUAUUGGUCCUCACUUGAGCUUCGUCAUAACUUGGACGUAAUGCAUAUUGAAAAGAAUAUUUGUGACAGCAUACUCGGCACCCUAAUGAACAUUCCUGGAAAAAGCAAAGAUAAUAUUAACUCUCGUCGUGACCUUGCAAAUUUGGGUAUAAGAAAAGAACUUCAUUUGAUGCAACAAGGUGACCGGUGUGCAAUGCCACAUGCAUGUUUUACACUAAAUGGCGACGAGAGGAAAAUGUUUUGUGAGUGGUUGGCGGAUGUGAAGUUCCCAGAUGGGUUCGCUGCAAAUAUUUCAAGAUGUGUUUCUGUUCGUGAUUGCAAAAUUACUGGGAUGAAAAGUCAUGACUGUCAUGUUUUCUUGCAGAGACUACUCCCUAUUGCAGUCGGGGGGUGUUUGCGGAACGAUGUUGCUCUGCCUCUGAUAGAGCUUAGUCAGUUCUUCAAAGAGAUUUGUGCACGAACUCUAAGUGUGGAGAGUUUGGCAAAGCUCGAAAGUGAUAUCGUCCUGAUUUUAUGCAAGUUGGAGAUGAUAUUUCCCCCUUCAUUCUUCGAUGUGAUGGUCCACCUAGCUCUCCAUUUGCCUCGUGAGGCGUUGCUUGCUGGACCAGUUCAAUAUAGGUGGAUGUACCCAUUUGAACGGUUUCUCGGAAGAUUCAAGCGGUAUGUUAAGAAUAAGGCUCGCCCAGAGGGAUCAAUAGCGGAAGCAUACAUUCAUGUCGAAUGCUUGACAUUUUGCUCGAUGUAUCUCGAUGAUAUUGAGACGAGAUUCAAUCGACCGGAACGCAACAUUGAUGGUUUGGAGGAUGAUGCCAUAGAUGGAUUUGGCAUUUUCACACAGAAGGUCCGUCCCCUAGGUGUGGCAUCACCUAUACAACUUGAUCCAAGACUAUUUGCAGAAGCCCGUUGUGAGCACUAUCGACUAUGUAAGGAAAAGAACCCAAUGCUAGCCGAUGGAACGCAUCAAGUAGAGUUUCCUGGAUGGUUCAAGAAACGUGUUCAAACUAUGCGUAAGGAUACCCCUACUGAAGUCGUGGAUGAUCUAUAUGCCUUAGCGUGCGACCCUGAAUCGCUUAUUAGAUCGUACGCAACGUGCAUCGUUAAUGGAAAAAGCUGUGACUGGUUUGACGUUGGCGAUCAAAUACGAGGUGUCCGAGUGGAUUCACAUAUGACUAGUGUCAAUCUUGCCAGGACAUGGUACAAAGAUGAACCCUUUGUUUUAGCGUGCCAAGCUGAACAAUGUUUCUAUGUCAAAGAUAGAAGGGUGAAAGGUAGUUGGUAUGUCGUACAGAAGUUCACGAAUAGGAAUGUAUACGACAUCCCACAGGUGCAUUUAAACGAGGAUCAUGAGACGUCAUCAAGUGAAGGUGAGGCAUAUCAAGAUGAGGAAGUAGACUGUUUCCCAACAAAUGUUGACGACGCCGUUGAUGGAGUGGCAAGUCCACUCCAUAGGCCUGAUAUAGAACCAUUUGAGUUUGAUGCAUCAACAUUGGUUCGGUCAUCUGGACAACAACAACUCGGAAGAGAUUUUAUUGACGACGCAGAGGUUGAGUCGGGUUUAGACAGUGGGGAUGGCGAGCAUUCUUGUUCUGAUAUGGAGGAGACGGAUUCCGAUGAUGAUAUUCUGUCUGACGAGGAGUAG